AAAAGCCCGAAUUGCACCGGCGAACCACCUUUUUCCCCCCUCACACAUCCGCCGAGAUGGCGACAACAACACAGACAACAACAAACUCCCUCCCCUCUGGGGCAGGAGGACCGCAACAACUCGUCACUCAGAUGCUCAACCACACCGCACCACACUAUACCUUCUCCUUCACGCCCUUCCUCCAGCGCACCUACCAGCACUCUCUCCCCGCCGACCGACCCAUCUGCAAAGCCUACGCCUCAGGCAACUGCCCGCUUAAAUCCCACUGCCCCGAGCGCCACGUCACCACGUCGUCCCAAAACACCCAUGGCGGCGGUAACACCUUCAGCGGCGGCUUCGGCUCGCUCGUCUGCAAGCACUGGCUGCGCGGCCUCUGCAAAAAGGGCGAGUCGUGCGAGUUCCUGCACGAGUACAACCUGCGCAAGAUGCCCGAGUGCAAUUUCUUUGUCAGGAACGGGUACUGCAGCAACGGGGACGAGUGUCUGUAUCUGCACAUUGAUCCGCUGUCGAGAUUGCCGCCGUGUCCGCAUUACGAGAGGGGGUUCUGUCCGCUGGGACCGCGAUGUGACAAGAAGCAUUUUCGGAGGAAGCUGUGCUUGUAUUACCUGGCGGGCUUUUGUCCGGAUGGGAAGGGCUGCAAGGAGGGCGCGCAUCCGAGGUGGACGGCGGAUAAGGACAUGGAGAAGCCGAGGGCGAAAGGGGAGGGAGAUCAGAUGCUGCUGCAGCAACAGCAGCAGCAACAACAGCAACAACAUAUGGGCGAUGCUAAUGGUAUGGGUGGUGGAAUGGCGCAGGCGACGGGCGCGAAUGAGUAUAUGGACCGAGAGAGGGAGCGUGAUCGGGAUAACAGGGAGAGGGAGAUGAUGAUGCAGGGACGCGAUAGGGACGGUGGCGGGCAUGAUCGCCAUAAGGAUCGCUUUGGAGGCGGAGGAGGAGGAGGAGGAGGAGGCAGAGGCCGAGGAGGAUGGAGGGGAAGAGGAAGGGGAGGAUUCAGGGGUAAAGGUCAUUAAGAGAACCUUGGUCCCAAAGCGGCCAGGAGAGAUCAAAUGGUACAUGAACAUGGCGACAUAUUCAUGCUAGUGCUCGGGACGAUGAGGAGGACAAUGAAGCCGGUAUCAAGGACCAGGUAUGCAUCACGGAAUAAGGAAUGGGUCACACGGCGCAAAGGCAAGGUUAUAUCUAGUGUAUUGGCUGUAGGUUAAGUUUAGUAUCACAAAGCUUGUGGGAUGAUUAGAGAGGAUUGC